GCGAAGCUUCUUAUGGGCUGCUAUCUAGAAAUGGCAGAACAAAAAGCCAAUAAGAGGAGCACUUUAAAAAAACCCGGUAGAAGGGCAGUGACGGCGCAUGACCGGCCAGUGUGCCGACAAGUCCCUCCCCCUGGAUUUUUCCGAACCAGUGGCAGCGGGGAAGGGCGGCACCAAUCGGGACUCCGGCCCCCGGAGUGGGUGUCGCUGCUAAUGGAGAGGGCUGGGUGACGGCCGUACGCGUACCGUUGAGGGGGGGAGGGAGAAGCCAGGAAGGAGGGAGGUGCUCAGCCUCCGGCCGUUCCUCAUCGCUCGUUGGCAGAACGGGUUCGAGCUCGCGAGGGCGGCGGGGCUGCGCUGGGAGAUGUCCGAAUUGCGAGCAGCGGGACCCGGCCCGGGGACAACGCCCGGCGGAGCGAGCGGCCCCGUUGCCUCCGGACAAGGAGGAACCAGUGGGCCUGGGCCGGCGACUCCACUGCCCUCGCCUGGGCCAGGUGGUGGAAGAGGCGACGGCGGCGGAGGAGGGACACUGGGCCCUGGGGGACCAGCCCCAGGGGGGGUGGCAACGGCUCCAGGGGGGAGUUCUGCUUCCGCUUCCGGGUCAGCGAGCUCAACUUCCGGAGCUGCUCGCGAAGGGUGGCUUUUCAAAUGGACCAAUUACAUCAAAGGUUAUCAGCGGCGCUGGUUCGUGCUGAGCAAUGGGCUUCUAAGUUACUACAGGUCAAAGGCAGAGAUGCGACACACUUGUCGUGGAACCAUCAAUCUGGCCACAGCAAACAUCACAGUGGAGGACUCCUGCAAUUUCAUCAUUUCCAAUGGAGGGGCACAGACCUACCACUUGAAGGCCAGUUCUGAAGUUGAGAGGCAGCGCUGGGUCACAGCCCUGGAGCUGGCCAAGGCCAAAGCAGUCAAGAUGUUGGCAGAAUCAGAUGAGUCAGGUGAUGAAGAAUCCGUCUCUCAGACGGACAAGACAGAACUGCAGAACACCCUGCGCACCCUCUCCAGCAAGGUGGAGGAUCUUAGCACCUGUAAUGACCUGAUUGCCAAGCAUGGGACCGCUUUGCAGCGCUCGCUCAGUGAGCUGGAGACCCUGAAACUGCCGGCUGAGAGCAAUGAGAAGAUCAAGCAGGUCAACGAGCGAGCCACCCUCUUCCGCAUUACUUCCAAUGCCAUGAUCAACGCUUGCCGAGACUUCCUGAUGCUGGCCCAGACACACAGUAAGAAGUGGCAGAAAUCUCUUCAGUAUGAGCGAGACCAGCGCAUCCGUUUGGAAGAGACCCUAGAGCAGUUGGCUAAGCAACACAAUCACCUGGAAAGGGCCUUCCGCGGAGCCACAGUCCUACCUGCAAAUGCCCCUGGCAGUAUGGACUCCUCGAAAGAUCAGUGUUGCUCAUCAAAGGGAGAUAUGAGUGAUGAAGAUGAUGAUAAUGAAUUCUUUGAUGCACCUGAAAUUAUCACCCCUGAUACCAUGGGCCACAAAAGAACUGGCAGCAACAUCAGUGGUGCUAGCAGUGACAUCAGCCUCGAUGAGCAGUAUAAGCAUCAGUUUGAGGACACCAGAAAGGAAAAAAGAACACGGAUUCCGUACAAACCAAAUUAUAGCCUGAAUUUGUGGAGCAUCAUGAAGAACUGCAUCGGCAAGGAACUCUCCAAGAUCCCCAUGCCAGUUAACUUCAACGAGCCCUUAUCUAUGCUGCAGCGCCUCACGGAGGACCUGGAAUAUCAUGAUCUGUUGGACCGGGCAGCCAAGUGUGAGAGCUCCCUGGAGCAACUCUGUUACGUAGCUGCUUUCACUGUGUCGUCUUACUCCACCACUGUCUUCCGCACAAGCAAGCCAUUCAAUCCCAUCCUAGGGGAAACCUUUGAGCUGGACCGGCUGGAAGAGAAUGGCUACCGUUCCAUUUGUGAACAGGUGAGCCACCACCCUCCAGCUGCUGCUCAUCACGCCGAUUCCAAGCACGGCUGGACCCUUCGUCAGGAGAUAAAAAUCACCAGCAAGUUCCGUGGCAAAUACCUCUCAAUUAUGCCACUUGGUACCAUUCACUGUAUCUUCCAUACGACGGGCAAUCACUACACAUGGAAGAAGGUCACCACCACAGUACAUAACAUCAUAGUGGGCAAAUUAUGGAUUGACCAGUCUGGUGAGAUUGAGAUUCUGAAUCAUAAGACUGGUGAGAAGUGCAUUCUCAAGUUUGUUCCUUACAGCUACUUCUCAAGAGAUGUGGCGAGGAAGGUCACUGGAGAGGUGUUAGAUUCCUCAGGAAAAGUGCAUUAUAUGCUAUUGGGUACGUGGGAUGAGAAGAUGGACUGUUUCAAGGUGAUUCCUGGGAUGGAGAAUGGUGGUGAAAGCCGACAAAGAGCACACGAAGUUGAGGACGGCAGAAUCAUGCUGUGGAAGAGGAACCAACUCCCAAAGAAUGCGGAGAACAUGUACUAUUUCUCAGAGCUGGCUUUAACGCUUAACGCCCCAGAAAGUGGCACUGCUCCAACAGACAGCAGACUUCGGCCUGACCAGAGACUCAUGGAGAAUGGGCGUUGGGAUGAAGCCAAUGCCGAGAAGCAGCGCCUAGAGGAAAAGCAGCGCAUUGCCCGCAAAAAGCGUGAAGCUGAAGCCAUGAAGGCAUCCGAGGAUGGAACUGCUUACGAUACCUAUAAGCCAUUGUGGUUUGAGCGAAAGAAGGACCCCGACACCAGGGAGGUGGCCCACGUGUACAGGGGAGGCUACUGGGAGAGCAAAGAGAAACAGGACUGGAGCAUGUGCCCCGAUAUCUUCUGAUGACUGGAAGCAGCAGCAGGACUAUUAUGCAGAUGGGGAAGAGAAGAGGGCUGGAGAGGAGCAGCUGAUCAUGUGACUUCCUGCUUAGCGCUUUCCUCACCAAAUCUGUCUGUCUUAACCAAUCACUUGUUUUGAAUCAAUCACCCAAUGCAGAAUCCAGCAGAGGUGAUUGGCUGGGUUGCCUUAGCUGAUUGAAGCUGACAUUGGUGUCUGGAUUCCUGGAAUGUGGAUGGGGACUAGUAGGAGUAAAAGACUGCAUCCGUUGUUUCUCCACCACAAGAGUAUCACUCUCCUUAUGAGCCCCUUGUGUUUGGGGGUAAAGAGGGGAACAACACUGUGCUGUGUGGAUUCCCACUCCCCUUCCCAUUUUCAAAUAGGGACAGGCAAGACUGUGAAUGUAUGCUUCAGUUUGAAGCAUUUGUUGGGAGAGACCCAGGGACUUUCCUGCAACCGUGACCAUAGGGAACGCUGUCUCAUUCCUUCUUCCCAAGCCCCCUCUGGCACCCUCAAUGUAAGUGAGACUUCCGAAGCAUUGAGGAGAGGUGACAACCCAAUCCUUUCCUGGAACCAUCAGGUCUCUUGGUUCACAUGGGUAGUGAAGCAUCUGACUGGGUCCUAGCAGGGUAGUGGGGGAUAACUGUGGUCUCAGUGAAACCAUCUUUUGGGGCGGUAUCAACAGACAUUCACCUGGUGGUAGGAAGUUGAAGUUUCCACUUUUCCUUCUCGGCCCCACUUUUCAUACCAGGCUCCAGCACCUUCUCCGUGUGCACUUGGGCGGGAAGCAGUGGUGCGGGAUAGAAUCUCCCUCUUCCUAAAAGCCCUGGCCUAAAGCAUUCUCUGGCUUAAUGCACACCUGUUUAUAUGUAUAUUAUAUAUAUGUAGAGAGAGAGAGAAAGAAAUCUAAUUUUGGUUCUGAUUUUUUUUUCUGUUCCUCCAGCCCUGCAAGAACUUCUUUUGUAACACGUUGCCCUUUCUGUUUCCCGUCACUGCCCCCAGAUCUGGGGAGAUGUUCUGCAGAAAGUGUGACAGUAAACAUUGGUUUGUCUUGCCUUUAAUAAUAAAAAAGAAAGAAAGAAAGAAAGAAAAAAUCGUCUUUGAGGCAGAGCCAGAUUUCAGUGGCAUCCAUCUUCAGGCUCCUCACCCUAUGCAGGCCCAGGCAACGUAUCCAUUAAUUCCCUUGGGAGAUAAGGAGGCUGUGGGAGCUCCCCAGCUGGCCUUGGGACAGCUCUUUGAUUGCAGCUCUCAAAGUUGCGUCCCGAGACUGAAAAGGUGCUGCCACUGUAACCGAGUGGGCUCAGGGUCCAGAAGCUGCCCUCCCCCACCAGGACCCCGCAUGUGGGGAGGGGAGGAGGUGUUGGUGGAGGACCACAUGGCAGCCCUUGGCUAAGAAUCACACAAUGAGGUGCCUUCCUUCUGUGUUUUCUCUCCUGUUUUCCUUUUUAUUUUGAUCCUUGACUUCCAAACUUCAGCCACUGAAGGAGUAAGAGUCCAAGGGGUGCUGGCUGGGAGAGAGGAGGCCACCUGCCCGGCCUUCCCACCAGCAAAGAGCGAUGCUGCUCGGUGGGCAAGAAGGGGCUGUGGGCAGGGCCUCUGUACCACUUGCUGCUCGAGUAAGGUGUGCAGCCUGUGCCGUGCAGCAGGUGGAGGCUGAUCCUUUCUGGUGUAGCAGUGGUGUGGAACCUUUGCUGGGGGGAGCAGAUGUUUUGGAUCUCCAACUUUUAACAACUCCAGCUAGUUUAGCCAAUGUGAAGGGAUUAUGGAAGUUUCAGGUAAAUAUUUGGAGGGCUGAAGGUUCCACACCCCUGCUGGAGAAUAGCAGGCUUUAAAAGAGAGAGAGAGAGAGAAUAUCCCUGCAAUUCUAUUUUUGGGGUUAUUUUUGCCUUACUGUCUUUUUUCCAAGAAAACUAAAUUAAAUAAUAAAACCUGAAAUAUCCAG